AUGAGGCACAUCUAUUUUAAUUAAUUUUUAAGUUUGACCAUCAGUCAUUUAUUUGGAGAAAUGUCUUUUUUUUUUUACAAUUUUAUGGAAUCAGACCACAUUCUCAGAAAUUUAUAAACUUUUUCAUUAAUUGAAUUAUAAAAGGAACUAAGUGUUAUAUAUAGAGAUAAAAAGCAAGCCAACAAAGUUAAAAUAGCAAUAGUAGCAACAUUAUUACAAACAACUCGUAUAUGGGGUUUUUAGAAAAUUAGAUAAAGCCUAUAUUACAAAAAUAGAAUUAUUCCUGAAUUUUGAGACUGGAGAAAAUAAGAAUAAAUUCAAAAAAAUCUCAUCACAGGAGCUAAGAAGAUACACAACGAGAAGAUCCUCUCAAAGCAUAAACAAAAGCAAUAAUAGAAAGAAUUCCAGACAGCUAUGAGAA